AUGUAUUCGCUUAUUAAUUUAGUAGCCGGCACAACACCGGAGCAGGCGCACGCUUGCACGACACACACACACAACAUGUAAAGCGAGGUCAUGAUCAAUGACAUCAGUGUAGUCACCGAAUAUUUCUGAUUCUUACGAAACCACCGUGGCGUCAACGGUAUGGUUACCUCAUACCAUCUACCUAUUAUUAGAUAGCUACGUAAGCCGGCAUCCAUUUACGCCCUAGUAACCAACAAACUGUGCGGCAACUCGAACGCGUCCGCAUCGAAAAUGACAAAACACAUAAUUUUGUCUUUGUAUUUCAUCGCAACCAUAUUCGCGACGGACUGUUAUAAAAUUCUCGGAAUAUUCCCGUCGUUAGAUCGCAACCACUACCUCACUUACCGUGAAUUAAUUCGGGAAUUGGCGAAUCGAAACCAUGAAGUCACAUUGAUUAGCCAUUACCAAAUGCCGGAUGCACCGGCUUCGUAUAAAGAAAUAUUAUUGAGUGAAGACUUACAAAAAGUGUAUAAAGACUUAUCGUUUGAAUCUGUGAUAGUGAAUGAAGUGUCGCGAGUGCCGAUUGAAACUUUAGAGGCGACUAAAACCGGCAACGAUGACUGCAAGACUCUAAUGAACAACCACCAAGUGUUGCACAUGUUGAGGACGCGACCUCGGUACGAUGUAAUAUUAGUCGAGUCGUACAACAGUGACUGCGGUCUGGCGCUGGCCGCCAACCUCAGUGCACCUUACAUAGCCUUCAACCCGCACCCUCUCCAGCCUUGGCACUACAGUCGACUGGGUAUCAAUUUCAAUUCAGCAUAUGUAAGCCAAUCAGGCCUGUCCUACGGAAAGGGACCUUGGUAUUUUGAGCGCCUCAAGAGCUAUGUAUUGUAUUACAUUACGAACUGCUUAUACUACGUCGCUUCGCAAGUAACGGACCAUGUGUACUUGUACAAGUAUCUGGGCGAUGACCUGCCAUCUUUGGAAAGUAUUGCGUCGCACGCUCGUCUAGUGUUUGUAAACACACAUCAGUCGGUGUACGGCGGUGUUGCCAGACCUGAUAAUGUAAUUGAUAUUGGUGGAAUUCAUGUGAGACCGCCAAAAAUUCUCCCGACUGAAAUAGAGAGAUUUAUAAACGAGGCCGAGCACGGAGUAAUAUACGUGAACCUUGGUACUGCCACUAAGGAUGCCACGCUUCCCGGUGAUAAAUUAAACGAACUGUUAUCAACGUUUGGUAAAUUGCCUCUGAGGGUCCUUUGGAAAUGGGACGGGGGCAAUCUGCAACUGCCGAGAAACGUUAUGACUAUGAAAUGGCUCCCACAAUACGAUAUAUUAAAACACGAGAAUGUGAAAGCUUUCAUAUCACAUGCUGGGAUACUCAGUACUAUAGAAGCGAUAGACGCGGGAGUACCAGUAGUUGCAGUACCACUCUUCGGAGACCAGUACGGGAACGCAGCGGCCUUGCAGGACUCUGGUAUUGGAACCAUCGUACACUAUCAGGACCUGAAGAAGGAAUACCUUUUGGACGCUAUUAAUGAGGUUUUAGAUCCCAUAUGGCAACAGCGUGCAAAGUUCGUAUCGAGAUUGUGGCACGACCGUCCAAUGUCACCUUCAGAGACCGCCAUCUACUGGACGGAGUAUGUCGCACGGUACCAGGGGGCACCUAACCUUCAGACUGCAUCAGCCAAUGUACCCUUCUACCAACAGCUCGAGAUUGAUGUACUAGCAUUUAUCGUAUUAGUACUGUACAUACUGAGCUACGCACUGUACAAAAUCCUUUCAGCCCUCUGUUGUUGCUGCUCCAGGAGUGAAGCUACAGAGUCUGUUGAAGAAAGGAGGUCGUCAAAGAGAGUGAAGUUUGAAUAAAACUUUUUAAAUAAACUUGAUAUUUCAAGAUUAAUCUCAGUCUUUAAAGACAUGCUGUACUUACGUACGAUAUUAUUAAACAUGACUGGUUUGUAGGAUUUUUUAAGGAGAGUUAUUUAAUGUUUUUGUUAAAUAAAAAUGUUUAUUAAUGUUU